AUGCUUGAUGAGAACGCGACGACUGUUGACCCUCGAGGUCUGGCGCGUCUUCUGAUUGGCGUGUCCAUAUUCUUUCUCAUUCCAACUGCCAUCGUUGUUGUUUUACGUUGUUUUAUUCGAUUGAAACAUGUUAUGUUUGGACUUGAUGAUGGGCUUAUGCUUAUAGGAUGGUUACUGCACGUCAUUUUCACUGGAGUUGGCCUUCGUGCUAUUUAUGCAGGUGUGGGGACAAAGGACAGGGAUUUAAAUGACUUUCUACAGGUCGAUGGACGCAAGUGGAUGUGGAUUGGCGAAAUGCUCUACAAUUUUUCCCUAAUUCCUCUCAAGUGCUCUAUCUGUGUCACCCUGCUACGCAUUGCCGUAACCAAGGUCCACCGUACUAUUGUCUGGAUCACUCUCAUUUUCACCCUAGCCACAAUGAUAUACAGCUUCAUUGCCGUCUCAGCUGCAUGUAAACAUAUCGAGAACAACUGGGAUGAUCGCGGAGAAUGUUCAGUACCCGUGUUGAUGACCGCAGCAUACGUCGGAUCUAUCAGCGCUAUCAUAUCUGAUUGGACCUGUGCUAUCCUGCCUGGAUUUAUGCUAUACAAGUCCAACAUGAGAAAGGCCACCAAGGUUUCUGUCACUAUCAUACUUGGGUUGGCUGCAUUGGCAUCACUGUGUACCAUCGUUCGACUCCCAUACUUGAAAGCCUUUUCCCAACCCCACAACUACUUAUACAAUAUGGCACAUAUUAUCCUCUGGUCCACUCUUGAAUCAGGGAUUGGAAUAGUCGCUGGCUCAUUACCUGCACUCCGCAAGCUUGCCAGUUCCCGCUUCCAUUUCAAUUCGUCCACAGAUAGCUCCCCAGCUUUCGUCACAUCAUUUUCUGGCAUUAACCGAGCUGUCAUCACAUCCCAGGCAGCGCCAGCACGCCGUAGUUACAGAGGCGAAGUGGGUGACGAUUGGGAGCAACUCGAUGAUAUUGAGGGCACGUCAAGUCAGAAGAUUCAUGUCAAGGUCGAUUUCGAAAUGCAUACCCUAGAGAGACCAGAAGGCUCACAGAUGUCGCAUGGAUCUCGUGAAGAUCUAGUCCACCCAUGA